GACGUCCCAUCCAAGUACACGAAAAACACUUCCUGUGUAUAUGAGGACGCGUUUCUCCCAACUUCUCCGCUUUGCAAUGAUGGCCUGGUGACAUGUGCUGAGUAGACAGCCCGCUCAUCCUAAUGGGACAGUAAGGACUCCAAUGUGGGUACAUGGUUCUGGAGGCUGACCGCCCCAACACCAUGGCAGACGAGGGCAGAGGGGAGAAUGAGGAGCAGCAGAGAGCAGCAGAACAGACCAAUGGGGUGAAAGGAGCAGCAGUGGAACUGGCCAAUCGGGAGAAGAGCCCAGGUGUGGGCAUCCAGGCCAAGAGUCUGGACGCGCAGGAGAAUGGAACAGCUCUCCAGGCUACUACGGAGAGCCUCCAGGGAGAUGCUGUGACUCUUCAAGACAACGGCGGCACAGGCCUACAUACUACUGUCCCUGCUCUGCCAUACGAUGCUACCCCUCAGGAGCAUGAUGUGGUGGUAGGCCUAAAGUCCAACGGGCUGGACCUUCAAAGUAACAUCACAAAUCUCAAGGAGAUCAGAGCGGACCUACAGGAGGCUUUCCGGAUCAUCCGGCACACGCCUGAAGAGAGGCUGAUCAGCAUCACGCUGAAGAUGGACGAGUCCGGUGACAGCAGUGAGCAGCUGGUGCGGGCCAUAGCCCUCGUGGCCCUCAGGAGGCCAGCGGACGCCCUGCGACAGCUGCAGGAGCUCACCACCGCAGGUUGCUGCAUCGCCACCUACCUGUCCGGCCAGGUGAGAGCGAACCAGGGGCAGGUGGAGAACCUGAGGGUGGACUCUUUCCAGCUCCCCGAGCCAAAGUCGGCAGCGCUGCACGACCUGGCGAGGGUCUUCAACCUGCUGGUCCAGGAGCGGCUCUGCGAUGCAGCCGUGCGAGACCAGGCGUACCAAGUGGCGCUGCUGGAUUGCGCCAACCGGGGAGCGGAGAGCGGGCACACGUGCGACUCCAAUCUAGACAAGCUCAAAGAGGAAGUAAAUCGCGUCUGUGGGACGGAGAUCAGCUGCCAGGCUUUGCCGCUCCUCUCCAACAGCCCUGGCCAUCUUGUGCGCGGUUGCAUCAGCCCCGGCUCCCUGCAGUACAGCAACCCCAGCUCCCUGCAGUCGUCCUCCAACAGCUCCUUACCCAGUCACCUGGAGAUCAGCGCCCCACCUACUCAGCCUGCCAGGCCAAGUCCACACAGUAGCGACUCACAUAUAGGCGUCUCCUCCGCUGCUAGUACUACGAGGUUUGACAGUUUGUCGUCAGGAGCCCGCACUGGAGCAGCUGCUGCUCAACCGACAGGUGUCAUGCCAGCACCUGUGCCUUCUCAUCUUCCUGUUCCUGCUUCUGCUCCUCCUCAACCUCCUCUUGCUCCUGCUACUGACAUACCUACCCAGUGCACAGCCGGUAAAGAGGGCACUCAACAGCUGGUGACCUCCGUGAGCACAGGUGUGGAGAGCCUCCGCUUGCCUCCUGAUCCCUCUCCCCACGACUUCUCCCGCUGCAACAGCGCGCCCGAGGUUCCCUCCUCCUCCUUGGGUGACGAAGAGCCCAGCCCGGUGUUCUACUCGUUUGUGAUCCUGCACGCCCCCGAGGACGCGGAUCAGGCGGAGGAGCUGCGGACCACGCUGGAGGCCGCGACCUCAGGAACGGGCGCCACCUUCUCGGAAGACUUCGCCGUCCCGGGCCGGCCCACGCUCGCCUGUCUGGACGACGCCAUCGACAACUCGGCCUUCACCGUGCUGCUGCUCACCAGGAACUUCACCUCACGCAUGCAGGAAGUCCUCACGGACUCCGCCCUCAUCAACUCUAUCGAUCAUCGUCACAAGUACAACUCCGUCAUCCCACUGCUGCCAAGCCAAAACCCGCUGCCUCAAGCAAGCAUGCCCAAGGUGUUGAGGACCAUCAUCCCGCUGAAGGAGGGGGGCAGAAACUUCAGUGGCAACGCCCGCAAAGCCAUCAGCCCUCAGAAGGUGGCCGUUCAGAAGAAGAAGUGGGAGCAGGAGCAGGAGGUGCGGCGGCAGGAGGAGAGGCGGAGGAAGAUACAGCAGGAUAACCGCAAGAGAGAGGAGGCGAUCCGGCGAAGCCAGGAAGAUGAGCUUCUAUAUCGGCAGAAUUGGGAGCUAUAUCGGAGGCAGCAAAGCAUGCCGAGGUUCAAUCCUGCUCCCCCAUUUCACCCACCAGCCUCCAGCCCUUCACCCCAAUUUUACCCUCCUCCUGCGAGUGGGAGGGGAGCCCCGCCCUCGGCCCCAUCCACACACUACCCACCACCCAACCCCGGGAUGAGUUCUCCUUUUUGGGGGCCCCCACCCCAAGGGCAAUCAAUGCACAUGCCCGGAAACAUUAGCAUCCAUAAUGCUCAGUGCAUUAUGAUAGGGAACGACUCUACCAUGACCAUUGGAGACCCUGGGGUCAUUCGCUUCAAUGAUGCCGAUGAUUAUAACUGACUGAUGGUCCGGUUCUCUUGACACGUGGUUCUAAAUGCAAUAUAGGUACACAGGUUUGCAGUGCAAUGUGCUGUGGUGACAAUACAGGACUUAUCACAUAUACUUUAUGAUUUGCAAAAGCAUGAAUUUGAGGUGAAUUAUGUUUUAUGGCAAAAAAAAGCGUUCUGUACUGUCAUGCAGUAUGAACACCGGCUAAUGUUCUCAUACAGUAAGUACACUAUAUAACCAAAAGUAUUCGUUAAACUGCCUUGACUCUGAUACUGUAUGAACUUAACUAUCAUCCCAUUCCUAACCCAUAGGAUUCAAUAUGAUAUCGAUCCACCUUUUGCAGCUAUUAGUUUCAACUCAUCUGGAAAGGCUGUCCACAAGGUUGUGUGUUUAUAGGGAUUUUUGUUUCAAGGAGGCCGCACCUUGCAUAGUAGUGUUUUUUUUAUUGCACAGACGCGUUUCGGCGUGUGCCUUCUUCAGUGUACGCUACUAUGCAAGGUGCAGCCUCCUUUUUGAAACAUUGAAUUUGAAAUUUGGGCCAGCACCCUCAGAGACUUAAAUAAUUAAGAGUGACACCUGCUCCAAGAAGAAAAUUGAUAUUAGUCUUAGUCUCCACUCUAAGACCGGGGACAAUCUUGCUGUGUGCCUAAAAGUACACAUGCAACCGAAUGCACAUACUUGCUUAUGGACAACCCGAGCACAUUGCACGAUACUGGAGGUAUCAUCAUCUAUGUCUUCAUUUUGGUUGAAUGUUAUGAUGGUGGUGAAAACUAAUUUCCCUUUGGGGACAAUAAGGCUAUGUAUCUAUCUACUGUAGCUAUAGACAGCGGGCUCUCAAUGUUUUUUCCACCGUUAUUUGACUCUACAGGAAACUCAACAUGGAAGUUCGGAAGAUCGCUCUUCGCAGUUUUGUUAAUAUUGCACCACAAGUGUCUGCGUACCUUAUGUCAGGUGUGCCAAAGCACUUUUGGAAGAAUGGUCAAAAACUACAAAUACACUCCUCAACCUUGUGGACAGUCUUCACAGAUGACUUGAAGCUGUAAUAGAUGGAGAAGGUGGGCCGAUAUAUUUAACCUUCCAGUAUGGGCUAGGAAUGGGAUGGCAGUUAAGUUUAUGUGUGAGUCAAGACAAGUUAGCAAAUACUUUUGGUUAUAUAGUGUAUAUUCAAACUGAAAUGCUUGAAAAUGUGACAUUGUUGAAAUCGACUGGCACGAUAUGAUUAAUACCUCGUUUUGGGCUGAGGAGAUUAAACUGUAAUAGUUUUUCAAGCAACACUGUAUAGCAUGUCUUUUUUUCUUGUUUUUUCCCCUCCACAUUUGUUUUACUGCAGAACAUGUUGGUUUUGUGAAUGAAGCCAGUAUGUUCCUCUAUAAGGAAAAAUUAACCUGGAAACGGAAUUAAUGCAGCAUGUUUUUAAUGAAAUUGAGGAACCUGCUGCACAAUGGUCACUUGUAAUGCCACCGUCUGUACGUUUUCACACCUGUUAUCUUUAUAGUCAUGCCAGCAAUUGAGAGAGAGCCUUUACACCCAGUGAGGCACCCAGUGUGUGCAUGUGUUGUGCUGUUUAGAGAUGGUGUGAUAUCAGCGAUACACUGCCUCAACCAUUCUGCCUUUUGUGCCCAGGCUAGGAAGUGUAGCCAUAAUAAGGUCAAGGUCAAGCACAUUGAAACAAAAAAGUGAAAUAUAAACCACAAGGUCUGCAUA